GCCAUGGCUCCGCCUCCUCCCUCCCCCUCCAUGGAGCCGCCUGGGCUCAUUCAUUCCUCGCCGGGUCUGCCAGACACCUGCCCUCUCCUUCAGCCGCCCGCCGCCAACGCCGCCGCUGCCGCCAGCAUGUCGGACCCCGCCGUGGAUACCCCUUCCGCCAUCCAGAUCUGCCGGAUCAUGCGGCCAGACGACGCCAACCUGGCCGGCAACGUGCAUGGAGGGACCAUCCUGAAGAUGAUUGAGGAGGCGGGAGCCAUCAUCAGCACGCGGCACUGCAACAGCCAGAACGGGGAGCGCUGCGUGGCCGCCCUGGCCCGGGUCGAGCGCACCGACUUCCUGUCGCCCAUGUGCAUCGGCGAGGUGGCGCACGUCAGCGCGGAGAUCACCUACACCUCCAAGCACUCGGUGGAAGUCCAGGUCAACGUGAUGUCCGAAAACAUCCUCACAGGAACCAAAAAGCUGACCAAUAAGGCCACCCUGUGGUACGUGCCCUUGUCACUGAAGAACGUGGACAAGGUCCUGGAGGUGCCUCCGGUUGUGUACGCCCGGCAGGAGCAGGAGGAGGAGGGCCGCAGGCGGUAUGAGGCCCAGAAGCUGGAGCGCAUGGAGACCAAGUGGCGGAACGGGGACAUCGUCCAGCCUGUCCCGAACCCAGAGCCAAACACGGUCAGCUACAGCCAGUCCAGCUUGAUCCACUUGGUGGGGCCUUCGGACUGCACGCUGCACGGCUUUGUGCACGGAGGUGUCACCAUGAAGCUCAUGGACGAGGUGGCUGGGAUCGUGGCCGCACGUCACUGCAAGACCAACAUAGUCACAGCUUCCGUGGACGCCAUCAACUUCCACGACAAGAUCAGAAAAGGGUACGUGAUCACCAUCUCGGGGCGCAUGACCUUCACGAGCAACAAGUCCAUGGAGAUCGAGGUCCUGGUGGACGCCGACCCCGUGGUGGGCAGCACCCAGAAGCGCUACCGGGCCGCCAGCGCCUUCUUCACCUACGUGUCCCUGAGCCAGGAGGGCAAGUCGCUGCCCGUGCCCCAGCUCGUGCCCGAGACCGAGGACGAGAAGAAGCGCUUUGAGGAAGGCAAAGGGCGGUACCUGCAGAUGAAGGCAAAGCGGCAGGGCCAGGCGGAGCCUCAGCCCUAGAUGCCGCUGCCUGCCGCUGGCCCGGAGCUGGCCCAGAGCCGCCCCGUGCCUGUCACUUAGAAGUUACCCCGUUGGCCAAAAACCAGUCCAUGCGGAGAGCUGGUGUCGUGUGCAGUAUGUGUCUCACAGUGUUAGCCUGUCCUCCUGAAAACCUGUACACCAAAGCUUUAUUUAUGUCACUCCAGUGUGCGUGCUACACAGUGUUGUCCCCGACCUGGAGGAGGUCCCGGAGCCUGGCGGCACCGUCCACGUGCACUGAGCAGUCUGC